AUGUCGUUCACUGCCAUUCGCGCUCCCCCAACUAACCUCGACGAAAUCGCCGCCGAGGAGCAGCGCUGUGUCUUUACCCGCUUCACGGCUAACACGGCCUGGACGUUGGGCAGCUUGAUUCGCGCACGCCUGCAGCGCGCGUCGCCCAAGCCCGCAGUGGUCAACAUCACUCUUGCGAACAGCGACCAGCUCCUCUUCCACGCUGCGACGGGGCCCGGCACAGGCCCGGACAACGAUAUCUGGGUUGCGCGCAAACGCCGCGCGGUCCUCCGCUGGAGCGCGAGCACCUGGUCGUUGCACAACAAGUUCAAAGGCGACGAGGCCACGUUUGCAGCCAAGUUCCAACUCGGUUCGCGCGGGGGAGAUUAUGCGAUACACGGAGGCGGGUUCCCUGUGCGUGUGCGGGGCGUCGAGGGCGUCGUGGGUGUGAUUGUGGUCAGUGGCCUGACGAUGCAGGAGGACCACGAAGUCAUUGUGGAGACCAUCGAGGAAUAUCUGCAGAAAGUCGCGAACGGGGAGAUCAACGACUAA